UUUUGUGCAAUUGUUCUCAGCCAGGUACGCAAUGAUGACCAUCCUAAACUUACUUCGCUCUGCCACUCAAUUAUCAAAGAUCAUCAGCCAUUCGAGAGACUUGAAAUCAAGAAGGCUGAUCUUUUGGAGAUGUUUGCUUAUAAUCAAUUUAAGCUGCGUAUCUUAAAAGAACGUGUAAAUACACCCACCACCACAGUUUACAGAUGUGGUCCAUUGAUAGAUCUCUGUCUCGGACCACACGCUUUAGAAGUCAUUAAGAGUAGUGCAGCCUAUUGGGAGGGAAAAGCUGAUGCCGAAUCUUUACAGCGUAUCUAUGGCAUAUCGUUUCCGGACAUAAAGCAGCUUAAGGAGUGGAAACGAAUUCAGGUGCGUGCCGUCUCAUUGUCCUGA